AUGGCGGCGGCUUUGCUGUCAAACAAGAAAUUCGAUAAAUUAAUUCGAAAUCAUGUUAAAUUUACAAAAGCUUACAGUAAUACGAAAUCAGUUGUUCUAAAUAAACCGCAAUUCAAAAUACUUUGUAAGCAAUUUGCUGCAGCGAGUAAUUUUAGGUACUAUUCAUCAUCUUCACCAAACAGCCCUGCUGGUUCCGAUACAGCGAAAAAUGUCUUGGCUGCGGUGUUGGCUAACAAGCCAAAAACUGGAAAAAUUCCAGUGGGUAUCCAAAAGAGAGACUGCUUUCACCCAGGUGCAUCUGUUUUGUCUCGUGAAGAUAUACAUCUGGGUGAUGCGAAACCUGUAUCUGGAAUGGACAUGAUAAGAGGAAUGAUGGAAUAUGUCUGGCCAAAGGACAACUCAAUGAUCCGCAACCGGGUGAUGCUGUCCCUCUCGCUCUUGUUCGGCGCCAAGGUGAUGAACGUGUGUGUCCCGUUCCUGUUCAAGUACGCGGUGGACGAGGUGAACCAGGUCUCGGCCACGUCUACCGGGGACGUGCUGCUGGGUAUGGCGACCGUGCCGCAAGCUCUUGGCACCACCGCAUUCAGUUUACUGGUCGGAUACGGCAUAGCUCGAGCCACAGCUGCAGGUUUCAACGAGCUACGUAACGCAGUAUUCGCUAAGGUGGCACAGCACUCUAUACGACGUCUGGCCUGUAAUGUCUUCAUGCAUUUACACAACUUGGACCUCAGCUUCCAUUUGGGCAGACAGACUGGAGCCUUGUCGAAGACGAUAGACCGAGGUUCCCGCGCAAUCAAUUUCGUGCUAUCAGCCAUGGUGUUUAAUAUCGUGCCCACCAUAUUCGAAUUAGCUCUAGUCUCAUCAAUACUCGGCCUCAAGGGAGGACUCGCUUUCGCCGGCGUGGCGGGCGGCUGCGUGUGCGUGUACGCGGCCUACACGCUGGCCGUGACGGCGUGGCGCACGCAGUUCCGCGUGCACAUGAACCGCGCCGAGAACGAGGCCGGCAACAAGGCCGUCGACUCGCUCAUCAACUACGAGACCGUCAAGUAUUUCAAUAACGAAAAAUAUGAAUUAGAAAAAUACGACCGCAGUCUCAAGAAGUAUGAAGAGGCAUCACUCAAGACUGCUUCGAGUUUAGCGUUGCUUAACUUCGGACAGCACGCAAUUUUCAGCGCCGGCCUCAGCAUUAUAAUGAUCAUGGCCGCUAAGGAGAUCGCUAAAGGCAAUAUGACCGUGGGUGACCUGGUGAUGGUGAACGGGCUGCUGUUCCAACUGUCCAUUCCCUUGGGUUUCCUAGGUUCUGUGUACCGCGAAGUUCGACAGGCUCUCAUCGAUAUGCAGACAAUGUUCACACUUAUGACCGUACAGUCAAAGAUUAAGGAGAAAGAGCGAGCGCCGCUUCUGCAAGUGGACGCAAAGACGGCGACGAUUGAGUUUAAAGAUAUCAGUUUCAAAUACAUAAACGGGAAGCCGAUCUUCAACAACCUCAGCUUUUCUAUACCUGCUGGCAAGAAGAUCGGCAUCGUUGGAGGAUCGGGCAGUGGGAAGUCGACGAUGGUGCGUCUGCUGUACAGAUUCUUCGAGCCGCAGUCCGGUCAGAUAUCGAUAGCUGGGCAGAACAUCAGGGACGUGGAUUUGGCCAGCUUGAGGAAAGCCAUCGCGAUAGUACCGCAGGAUUGCGUUCUGUUCCACGACACGAUAUUGCACAACUUGCACUACGGAGACCUCAGCAAGUCCGUUCAGGAUGUGUACAACGCCAGCAAGAUGGCCGAGCUACACGAAUCUGUUAUCACUUGGCCUAAGGGCUAUGAGACACAAGUCGGGGAGAGGGGUUUGAAGUUGUCUGGCGGUGAAAAGCAGCGAGUCGCGAUCGCUCGUGCCAUCUUGAAGGACUCGCCCAUCAUUGUGUUUGAUGAGGCUACCUCCAGUCUGGACUCCAUCACUGAACACGCCAUCCUACAAGCACUGAAAGCUGCCACAGUGGGACGCACGUCGAUUUGCAUCGCGCACAGACUGUCCACAGUUGCCGACGCGGACGAGAUCCUCGUGCUGGAGAACGGGUCCAUAUCCGAGCGUGGGCGGCAUCACGACCUCAUCAGCAAUCCCAAGUCCCUUUACUACAAGCUGUGGGAGAAACAGAACAGGGAUGCACUGCCCAAGUGA